CACAGAGGAUGUCGCAUUCCCGCCCUCACCUUUGUCGCUGCGCGGGCGGCAAGUGGGAUCUGGCCUUUCCAGCCCCGAGAGGGACCUAGUGCCUCUACCCAGGUUUCUGUCGCUCUGUCACCUGCGCUAUGCCCUGCUGUACUCACAGGAGCUGUAGAGAGGACCCCGGGACAACUGAAAGCCGGGAAAUGGACCCAGUGGCCUUUAAGGAUGUAGCUGUGAACUUCACCCAGGAGGAGUGGGCUUUGCUGGAUAUUUCCCAGAAGAAUCUCUACAGGGAAGUGAUGCUGGAAACUUUCAGGAACCUGACCUCUACAGGAAAAAAGUGGAAAGACCAGAACAUUGAAUAUGAAUACCAAAACCCCAGGAGAAACUUCAGGAGUGUCAUAGAAGAAAGAGUCAAUGAAAUUAAAGAAGACAGUCAUUGUGGAGAAACUUUUACCGCGGUUCCAGAUGACAGGCUGAACUUCCAGGAGAAGAAAGCUUCUCCUGAAGUAAAAUAAUGUGAAAUUGUGUGUGAAGUUGGCCUAGGUAACUCAUCUUUUAAUAUGAACAUCAGAGGUGACACUGGACACAAGGCAUAUGAAUAUCAGGAAUAUGGACUGAAGCCAUGUAAGAGUCAACAACCUAAAAAAACCUUCAGAUAUAACCCCUCCUUGAGAACACAAGAAAGGGAUCACACUGGAAAGAAACCCUAUGCUUGUAAGGAAUGUGGAAAAAACGUUAUUUACCAUUCAAGCACUCAAAGACACAUGGUAAUGCACAGUGGGGAUGGACCUUAUAAAUGUAAGUUUUGUGGGAAAGUGUUCCAUUGUCUCAGUUUAUAUCUUAUCCAUGAAAGAACUCACACUGGAGAGAAACCAUAUGAAUGUAAACAAUGUGGUAAAUCUUUUAGUUAUUCUGCUACCCAUCGAAUACAUGAAAGAACUCACAUUGGAGAAAAGCCUUAUGAAUGUCAGGAGUGUGGGAAAGCAUUCCAUAGUCCCAGAUCCUGUCACAGACAUGAAAGGAGUCACACGACAGAGAAGGCUUAUCAAUGUAAGGAAUGUGGAAAAGCAUCCAUGUGUCCCCGUUAUGUUCGUAGACAUGAAAGGACCCACUCUAGGAAAAAACUUUAUGAAUGUAAGCAGUGUGGGAAAGCAUUAUCCUCUCUUACAAGUUUUCAAACACACAUAAGAAUGCACUCUGGAGAAAGACUUUAUGAAUGUAAGACAUGCGGGAAAGGCUUUUAUUCUGCCAAGUCAUUUCAAAGAGAUGAAAAAACUCACAGUGGAGAGAAACCCUAUAAAUGCAAGCAAUGUGGUAAAGCUUUCACUCGUUCCAGUUCCUUUCGAUAUCAUGAAAGGACUCACACUGGAGAGAAACCCUAUGAGUGUAAGCAAUGUGGGAAAGCCUUCAGAUCUGCCCCAAACCUUCAAUUGCAUGGUAGGACUCACACUGGAGAGAAACCGUAUGAAUGUAAGGAAUGUGGGAAAGCCUUCAGAUCUGCCUCACAACUUCGAAUGCAUUGUAGAAUUCACACUGGAGAGAAACCGUAUGAAUGUAAGGAAUGUGGGAAAGCCUUCAGAUAUGUCCAGAACUUUCAAUUUCAUGAAAGGACCAAACACAUAAGAAUGCACUCUGGAGAAAGACCUUAUAAAUACAAGAUAUAUGGGAAACACUUUUAUUCUGCCAAGUUAUUUCAAACACAUGAAAUUCACACUGGAGAGAAACCCUAUAAAUGCAAGCAAUGUGGUAAAGCCUUAUUGUUCCAGUUCCUUUCGAUAUCUAAAAGGACUCACAGUGGAGAAAAACUCUAUGAGUGUAAGCAAUGUGGGAAAGCCUUCAGAUCUGUCAAGAACCUUUCAAUUCAUGAAAGGACACACACUGGAGAGAAACCCUAUGAAUGUAAGAAACGUGGAAAAGCAUUCUGUAAUUUCUCUUCUUUUCAAAUACAUGAAAGGUGCACAGAGGAGAGAUGCCCUAAGAAUGUAAGCAUUGUAGGAAAGCAUUCAUAUCUGCCAAGAUCCUUUGAAUACAUGCAAAACACACACUGGAGAGAAACCCUAUGAAUGUAAGGAAUGUGGACAAGCAUUCAAUUAUUUUUCUUCCUUGCAUAUACAUGAAAGGACUCAUAUGAGAGAGAAUCCAUAUGAAUGUAAGGAUUGUGGGAAAGCAUUCAGCUUGCUUAGUUGCUUUCAUAGACAUGUAAAAACACACUGGAAGGAAACCCUAUGAAUGCAAGCAAUGUGGCAAAACCUUUCACUUCUUCCAGUUCUUUUCAAUAUCAUGAAAGGGCUCACACUGGGGAGAAACCGUAUCGAUGUAAGCAAUGUGGGAAAGCCUUCAGAUCAGCCUCAUGACUUCAAAUGCAUGGAAGCACUCAUACUUGGCAGAAACUCUAUGAAUGUAAGCAGUAUGGGAAAGCCUUCAGAUUGGCCAGGAUUCUUUGAAUACAAAUAAUGAAUGUAAACAAUUAACUGUUUAUAAUAACUGUAUACUAACAAAUGUUAUUCUUUUUAAAUAAUUAAGAAGCUAUAGUAAAAUAUCC